AUGGAGAGCAGUUCUGCACCAGGACGACGGAGGGCAAGCACGGCAUCAUGGACGGGCUCUUCAGUGACCGCCUCUAAGGCCUCUGCCGCGCGACGGCUUCCGCCUCCGAGCGCCGCCGCACACGCACCAGCUUGGGAAACCAGAGCCACGGUCGGAUCUGAGGAGGGCGCGAAUCUGGGCAGGACGGCGGCAGUGGCAAGGAGAUCUGGGGAGGAGCGGGAUGGAAGACGACGACCGGCCGGAGCGGAGCGGGAUGGAAGACGACGGCUGGUCAGAGCGGAGCGGGCGGUGUGGAACUCCACCGUAGCUACGGGAGGUGUCAUCUUUGUUUAUGACCUCUCCCAGAGGAAAACAAAGACAAAUUUGAACAAGUGGGCAGUGGAAGUUGCUGAAUCUGGGACCUUUUCAGCUCCUUUUGGGUCUGGUGGUCCCGGUGGCCUUCCAGUUCCUUACCUAGUUAUUGCCAACAAAGUGGAUAUUGCUCCAAGAGAUGGUAGAAGAGUGAGCAGUGGGAAUCUUGUUGAUGUGGCUCGUCAAUGGGUUGAAAAACAAGGCCUGCUGCCAUCUAGUGAAGAACUGCCACUUGCAGAUAGCUUUCCUGGCAAUUCUGGUCUGCUCACGGCUGCCAAAGAGGCAAGAUAUGAUAAAGAAGCUCUAAUCAAGUUCUUCCGCAUGUUGAUAAGGAGGAGGUAUUUUUCGAAUGAGCUUCCUGCCCCUAGCCCAUGGUCACUAACUCCCAGAGAAGAUACCAUUCUUCCUGUAGAAACUGUGAAUGAUGAUGACAUGUUCCAAAGAAAAAGCUACGGUGGCCAGAGCUACAAAUACAAUGGGGUUGCCCCACUGCCUGCACAGCGGAACCUAACUCCACCCCCGACACUCUAUCCACAGCAGCCAAUGUCCUCUUCAUCAGAAAACUACAGAUACCACAGAUUUUCCUCCUCGUCAAUACCUGAUUCAAGUGGUGGUAGAACAAGCCGAGCAAACCUCAAUAUAUGA